ACCCCCAGAAGCAAAAUAAGGUGAGAUACAGCUUAGUCGAGUUAACUGUUUAAUAUGUGGAAAUGAUACUUACGAGACGGCUGUAGCCUGAUGAAUCAUGCUAACAAUUGAUUCUUUUAAACGACCGUGACGCGAGCGCCAACCGUCUGAGAAGAGUAUUAUGGUCUGUUAAGAGAUCAAGUGAUCGUGCACAGGAGAAAAUCCUGUCUUGUUUUUUACCUUCCGAGUUUUGUGGCUCAUGAAUAGGAUUUGUCUGUGGCACAGCGACUUUGAAUCACCCGUUGAGCAUCUCUAUAGGCUGGUAAAUGGAUAACUAGGAUUUGAGGAAUGCAACAUUACGAGUGCUUUUAAAAGAAGCAACCUUGCAUUGGGUAUUAUUUGACGCCAUUUGAAAAAAUACUCUACUGUUGACGUGACUUCUCGAGAAUUUUGUCAAAAACGCAUGAUGUCUACGGGGCUGGAGAAAGUGGAUACCAUAGACGAUAUACAAGAAGCUUGCGAAUUAGUUAAAUCUUUUGGUCUUUCAACAAAAGGCUUAGAUUCGUUAAAUGAGGUGAAGAACAAACUUCGUGAGCAUUUAAAAGGGUUGGAGGAGACUUCGUCGCGAAAGAUUGGAGAGACACACGAAGUUAUCUCCAACGCUGGGAAAUCGGACGCUGACAAACGCAGAAAGUUGCUCGAUCUUUAUAAAAGAACUGAGCAGUUCAUGGGUCAGUUUGAGGCGGAAUUUUUGGAAAUACUUGAAAAGAGCUUCGAAGACCUAAACAAAUCUUUGCAAGAGAGAAAACAGAAUGUUGAACCAAGUGAUCAGUACGUUGUUCUUGUUGCAGGUGAGACUAGCGCUGGAAAAAGCAGUGUAAUUAAUCUCAUCUUGGGAGAAGACCUUCUUCCCUCUAGAACACUAAGCACCACGUCCACAAUUUGCGAGCUGAAAUAUGGAGAAAAGCCGAUGGUCGGUGUACACUACAAGCCUAAUGGAACAAAAACUCCUGAACCAGCAUUCCACGAAUUGAAUGAUGGAAGUAAAACCUACAAAGAACAAAUAGAGAAGUUUGUGUACGUCAAAGAAGAUCGAGAGAAAACACCUUACGAGAAAAUUGAACUGUUCUUUCCACACCCUUUGUUUAAGGAGAAUGUAAUGAUCGUUGACAGCCCUGGUGUAGGAGAAAGCGAUGUCAUGAGUAGUUUUGUUCUCAACUACCUGCCGCGGGCCUUUUGUUUCAUGUACGUUCUCUGUACAUCCAAUGCUGGAGGAAUUCAGCCCGACAGGUUAGGAAAGCUACUCACGUGCGCUCAAGAUCUGAGGAAAAGUGCCAACUUGGAUUUGUCACUAUCAGCUGCCUGUACGUUGUUUGUCUGCAACAAAUGGGAUUUGGUUGAGGACAAUGAACGCGAAGAGGUGAAAAAGGAUACGGUCAAAAAGCUCACAAGAAUACUUGGUAACUUCAAUCCGAAAUCGCAGAUUGUCUAUUUGUCAUGCAAAACCGCGCAGUUAGCUCAGACCUAUGGGGUAGUGACAGAGGAUUUCAGCAACCUAAUAACAGGGAUUAGUAAUCUCGUAGUUUCGUCCAUGAAGAAUAAUCUGCAGAUGAAUACUAGAUGGUUGGAGGAUCUCCUCGAUCGCAUGUCUCGUCAAGUCCGCAUAAGACUGAAGUCAGCAAAAAUGUCUCAUCAGGAAACAGAAGAAAAAAUCAAGAGACUGUUAAGCCGCAUGGAAGAGCUACAGAAUUCUCAGAAACGUAUAUUUGAUGAACUUAGUGAGCAUCAGUCGAAAAUAUUUGAAGACAUCCUCGAGAAGCUAGCUUUGCACUUUAAAUCGGAGGGAACUAUCUCGAGUUUCUGCGACUGGUCUGAAGAAGAGGUCCCCAAACCCCUUGGGACAUGGCGGGAAACAAAGAACGAGGUGUUAAAGUGCGUCUCAGAGAGAACACACCAAUUUGUUCAGCACUGGGAAAACGAAGAGAACGAAUUCGACAGAGCUCGAGUGUCAUUGAUCCAACAUUGUUGCAAAAAGUAUGAUAUAAUGGAGGAAGAAAUGCGCGAAGUAGCAGAAGAUUUUUUUAUCGUCGACGAGGUGGAGGGCGAUCUUCCACAGGAUGAAGGUGGACAAAAUUUGAAACGAUCUAGAGUAAGAAGAAGAUUACAAACAAGUACUGCUCCGCCAUGGCUUCGGCAAGGAUUGGCAUCAGUGGUGGUAGGGUCUCCACUUAGUAUCCUCGGAACCAAACUUAAAAGGAAGCUCCACUACAAAACCAAACUGGACACGUUCCGCGAUGAUCCAUGUGCCUACAUGUCAAAGCGAUCACAGAAAUGCCUCAAAGUUAUUUCUACUCGAGACCGCUUGCUUCCGUUCAUCAACGAACAACUAGAAGACGCCGUACUGUACCUAAGACGGAUCAAGGAGAAGAUUCCAAAGCUGAGAGAAGGUGACGAGCUGAUCUAUCAACGGCUACUUGAAGACGAGAGAGGCAGUACUGAGAUUCGGAAGAUCUACGAGCCUUUAAACAACGAGCUGGAAUCUCUGAGACGCGAAAUAACCGUGUACACUCUGCGAGAGAUCAAGCAGUCUGAUUUCGCAAGAGAAGAGUUAGAGUGCGAUUUUGGAAAUUUAGAUUCUGUCAUUGGACGAGGCAGCUUCUCAACAGUGUUUAGAGGCGUUCUUCAUCGCAAAGGAUCGCCAGAGAUCAUGGUGGCUAUCAAGAUGUACAGUGACUUGCUUACCACUAACAAUGUGUGGCAUUUUGUUGACGAGGAACGUGCUUUAAGAAAACUGCGCCAUCCAAACAUUGUGGGUUUUUACGGAACCAAUUUGCACCACGGCCCCAACGGCACCAAAGUGAUGAUCGUCCUCGAGCUUUGCAGUUGUUCUCUCAGAUAUCGAGUACAUACCCAUCCCGAGGAUUCACCCGCUCGAUCGUCGAACGACACAGUCAAGAAGAAAGUGUUAUCAUGGGCACAACAUAUCCUAGAGGCUUUGCAUUAUAUCCACUCAGAAGGAUUCGUUCACCGAGAUUUAAAACUGGAAAAUCUACUGCUGACACACGGCGAGAAAGUGAAACUUGCAGAUGUAGGAGUAGCUAAACAUGAAAAAGAAAUAACAGGUACGAUGGUCGGCACCUCUCUGUACCUGGCCCCUGAAGUGUUUGAGGGUCGAAUCUACAACAGCAAAGCUGACAUGUAUAGUUUUGGCUUUGUACUUUGGGAAAUAUGGUAUGGUGAGCAAGCCUUUCAAACAGCGAUGACAACCUGCGGAGUGUAUCAGCUCGAAAAGAUGAGACAGGGCUGUCGACCUGCUCACAUCGAAGGCACCAAUCAUCCAUGGGAAAUAUGGAAGCAUGUCAUGACUAAUUGCUGGAAUGAAGAUCCACGUGUCAGGCUGACAGCAAAAAAAGCACUGGAAAGUUUUAAGGAGUUGCAGGAGGCUGAGAUUCAACCCAAACGGAAACCAGUACCGCUACCGAGAUCACGUUCGAGGCCACUUUCACAAAGCAAAACGCCUCCUCCAACAAAACCUAAGCCAGCUAGAAGACCAAAUAAGCAAGGUGGAGUGUCUGUUUCUUACUACAAAAAAGUAGAGGCGGAGAGUGUUCACUUUGAAUUAAAAGAAAAGAAGUAACGUAGAGGAGACUGAAAAGAACAAUCGCUUUAUAUCUUAGUAUUCGUUCGACUGCAUUUAAUUUAGGAGGAGGAGGUCCCUGAAAUCAGGGAUGUAACCAAAUUUUACUCAAAGCUUCUAACGAGCUCCAGUGUACACUAAUCGUGUUUUUUAAUGGUAGUUCGUAAACGGCGUGGAUUACAGAUAGUUCCCAAAGGUAAAUUUAUUUCUUACUCGGCAACCGUUUCUCGAAUUGAUUGAAGAGAAGCUACACAAUUUUUUUUUAUUUCACUAUGACACCAUGUUGCCUUUUUAGGGCAUCGGGACGGUCAAAAUAUGCCAAAGAAUAACUCAAUAGAUCAGGCCAAAAAUACGGCCGGAGAGCGGGGCAAAAAUAUGGCUUCUGUGAACGAUCAAACUUUGAUAUUUUUUCUCCGUUUUUUUAAGCUCGUCUUCUUAGGAAAAUAACUUUUCAGUGCAGCAGAUGUUAUUUGACUGUGAAUACAUGAAACUCAUAAAUGAAAUGCAAACUAUGUGAACUAUAUAAACUGUGAAAUGCGAAGAUCACUUUCAUAUCUACAGAUGUUAUCGUUGGUCAUGGUUUCGUUUGUGUUGUUUCCGUCUUUCACUCAUGCCUUCGGGGCUCGGAAAAAAUACAGCGCAGCUCACAAAAUAUCCGCACCUAUUAUAUUUUAAUGAUAAAAUAAGGUGUAUUAUCCCUAAGUAAAUCAAGUUAGUCUAACUUGCCGUCAUCGAUCAGUGCAACGUCUUUGACUGUACAAAGAAUGAAUCAUAAACGUGUUAUAUCUAAGAAAUAGUCCGUAUACUGCAAUACGACUGAAAUUAACUCAUGAUAGGGCGAAAGGGCAUCAGAGCCAAUGCAGCAAGGAACCCCUGUAGCUAGACUUCGUAGGGAGUCCUGGAAUAAAGUUCACAAUUCACUGCAAUAUAUCUACUAAAAUAUCGGUCUUAAAUUUUUAGUCAUUCGGCUUGGAACAAGAGUAUUGAAGGACGAGCCUAUUUUAAAUGAGUUUUUUUGGUUUGAAGCAGGAUUAACUAGUGUUAUUGAGUGACAUUCACGCUCCAGCUAUAUCAUUACAUUAAGCGGCUAUAGCGAGCAAUGAGUUGCUGAAAUCCAUUAAUAAAACGUUAAAACCAACAAUGAUGAUUUAUGUUCAUCCCGAACAGAAAAUCUCUCUCCCCUCCUGCAUCCUGCAUUGUCAAUGAUUUCCUAUUACCCAUGAAGUGAUUCAAUUUCUACGUUUAACUGUUUUAAUACUUGCAAUAUCUUUUGUUUCUGCGGGAACCAAGGCUCGAUUAUUGAAGAUGUGGGUCCUAAAGUUUUCCUUGCACUUUUUCAGCACCAUUACUAGUCUUUCUUCGCCAUCUUUUUUGAGGAGAGAUGUACCGUAGAACUUCACAAUGUGAGGAUGGCCCAACCCCCUGAGAAAGAAAUCAACUACAUACUGUCAAGUAUUACUA